AUGAUGUCCACGGCUUCACAGAAUUUCAACCCAGAAAUAUAUCAAACUAGCCGGUUCCUGCCGAGCAACGAGGACUACCUGAUGACAUGGACUAUGUCAGCGGUGCUGAUCAACAUGUUCGGCCAGGGCCUGGUGCUGAGCUUCCCUUCUAGUCUACUGCCAGCCCUCAGCCAACCUGACUCCCCCAUCAAAGCUGACCUCCACACUGCAUCAUGGCUGGGGUCAAUAGUUGGCGUGGCUGGCAUCCCAGGAUUCUUCAUAUCCUCAUUCCUCAUGGAAAUGUUCGGGAGGAAAAUUACUCAUGCCCUUGUAAUAUUACCAGCCAUCGUGGGCUGGAUCAUGAUCUACUUCUGUCAAGACAUCACAGUUCUUAUGAUUGGAAGAUUUCUAGGUGGACUGUCUUCAGCAGCCACGGUGUCUUUGGGAGCUGUCGUUAUAGGAGAGUAUACCAGUCCUAAAUACAGAGGAGUCUUCUUGUAUCUCAAGAAUGCUUCCGUGUGCAUGGGAGCUAUGUUCAUUCAUAUUAUAAGCGGAUUUCUACAUUGGAGGACGAUAGCACUGGUAGCUGUAACUCCUCUCCUCUUUGCCUUUUUCGUGGUCUGCACGUGGCCUGAAAGCCCUGCCUGGCUACUCUCCAAACAGCAGUACGAUAAAAGCGAGAGAGCAUUCUACUGGCUCCGAGGAAACAACGAAGCCUCUCGCAGAGAAAUAGCUGAUACUAUCAAAGCUCAGAGAGAAAGAAUGACAAAACCAAAACUGACACUUAGUUACUGGGAGCAAACUAAGGACUUCCUCAAGAAAUUUACACAAAAAGACUUCGUGAAACCUGUCAUUAUAACGUUACUGGCAACCAUUGUGUUAGAAAUGAGUGGGAGGCAUAUAUUCCCUGCCUACCUCCUUCACAUCAUGUCCGAGAUGACCGGUGAGAAGUCUCAGUCGUUUUACUACACUCUUGGUUCUGAUGUCAUCAUCACAGCGAGUGCUCUAUUCGCCUCAAUCUUGGUGAAAAUGAUGAACAGGCGAACACUACUCUUCUCCACUGGAUUCGCGGCCUUUGGAGUAUUGAUGGCAGUCUGCACAUAUCUCUUCUUGGAAGCCAAAGGCAUAAUACCAGGUGGACGAUCCUGGAUACCUAUGUCUUUGUUGAUAGUAUACUUCGUGCUUGCCAACUUGGGCUGUGCACCAAUACCCUUAGCUUUAGUAGGAGAAGUGUUUCCUUUAUCUCACAGAGGCGCAGGAUUAGCUCUAUCUGGAGUUUGGAUAUCCUUGGGAUUAAUAGUAGGACUAAAAUCAACUCCACAUUUAAUAGAUAGUAUUAAAGUCUAUGGGUUUUUUGCCGUGUAUGGUAUAAUCAUGGCGGUCUCUCUUGUUAUACUCUAUUUUAUAAUGCCAGAAACCAAAGAUAAGACUCUUCAAGAAAUUGAAAAUUACUUUAACUAUGGAAGGUUCACAAAUGUGGAUGAUGAUGAUGAGGAAGCGAAUACUAAAAUGAUUAAUUACAACGCAUUUGUAACUCACAUACUGCCCAUUGACGGCGCCAACAACUUACCAACUUCUGCUUCUGUGCCAUUCUACCCAUGUAAAAGAUUAUUAUUUAACGCAUGGACGCUGUCAGCGGUCUGGACCAACAUGAUCGGGCAGGGCAUGAUGCUCAGCUACACCACCAGCCUCUUGCCUGGUCUGCAGGAUCCUGGCUCUCCUAUCAAAGCUGAUCUACAUACAGCAUCAUGGUUGGCGUCAUCAGUUGGUAUCUCCGGAAUCCCAGGAUUCCUUAUAUCAUCCUACCUAAUGGAUGCAUAUGGUCGAAAAAUGUCCCACGCUGCUGCGAUACUACCAGGGAUUAUUGGGUGGCUCUGCAUAUACCUCGCUCGAGGCAUCCCAGCGCUCAUGAUUGGAAGAAUUCUAGGCGGCAUGACAGCUGGCGCCACUGUCUCUUUAGGAGCCAUCGUCAUAGGAGAAUACUCAGACCCCAAGUAUCGAGGAGUCUUCCUAAAUCUUAAAACUGCAUCAGUAUGUCUAGGAGGAAUGAUUGUCCAUAUUGUUGGCCAUUUUUUACAUUGGAGAACGGUAGCGCUGAUCGCUCUAAUACCAUAUUUACUAUCCUUGUUGGUCAUCUAUACAUGGCCCGAAAGUCCAGCGUGGUUGGCGUCAAGAGGACAGUUUCAGAAAAGUGAGGAUUCCUUCUAUUGGUUAAGGGGGAAAUCAGAAGCAUCCUACAAUGAAAUGGAGGAAUUAAUCAAAGCCCAAAUGGAACAGAGAUCGAGACCAGCGGAGAAUAAAACUUGCAGUGAUAAUAUCGUUAGUUACUUUCAAAGAUUUGGCCAAAAAGACUUUCUCAAACCACUGUUUAUUAUCUUCAUGAGCUCUAUAGUUCUAGAAACUAGUGGCAGACACUGGUUCCCUGCGUACGCAUUGCAAAUUAUUGGAGAAGUGACUGGGAAUAAGUCUCAGUCCUUCUACUACACCCUGGGUAUUGAUUUGAUCAUCACAUGCAGUGCCGUCUCUUCGUCCAUACUUGUCAAGGUUAUGAAGCGAAGGACUUUACUCUUCUCCACCGGCUUCUCUGCCUGUGUGGUGAUGAUGGCAGCUUGUAUUUACCUGUUUUUAGGAGCACAAGGUAAAGACUGCCACUUUAUGGAUAUCAUUGAAGAGGGUUCAUUGGAGCACCGUAGUGGAUCUGGCAGAAGACGUGAUAUUGACUCAGACCAGCUUCAACUUAUGGGGCAAGGUUAUGAGGAAAAUUACUGGAGCAUUGUCAUCUUCAGUGAUGCAAACAGUGAAAACUACAUAGAUGUGCUGAAAGACGUCAUGAAGAUGUGCUAG